GUCGACCCCACGGACCUAACGAUCGAUCCCAAACCCCAUCAAACCUUUGCGUGCUCCCCGCUCCACUUCCCCCCUCCCCUCUCCUCACUGCAGCCACAGCGCGCUCCGGAUCGGCGGAUCUCGUCGGGCGGCGGCCGCCACGAUGAUGAGCAGCGUCUCCCCUCCGGCGCCGUCGCUCCCCUCCGGGGGUGGAAGCUUCUUCAGAGGGUACACGAAGCUCUGCAAGGGCCUCGCCGUCAUAUUGCUUCUCGUGCACCUCUUGGUCCAGCUGUUCCCUUCAGCCGUCAACUAUCUCGCGCUUAUCCCCGCAAGGACAAUCCCUUUCGCCUGGAACUUGAUAACUGCUGGCUAUGUCGAGCAAACUAUUCCAGGGGUGAUUAUCAGCAUAAUUGGUCUUCUUUUAUUUGGGAAAUUAUUAGAGCCUCUAUGGGGCACAAAGGAGUUAUCAAAGUUCGUUUUUAUUGUCAACUUCUCAACUUCAAUGUGUGUCUUCGUAACUGCUAUUGCUGUGUACUAUGUAACACAACAAGAGAGCUACCUCUACACUCCUCUUUCUGGUUUUUAUGGGGUUCUGUCAGGAUUGCUGGUGGGCAUCAAGCAACUUAUGCCAGAGAUGGAGCUUAAUCUUUUCGUGCUGAAGAUUAAGGGAAAGUGGAUCCCAUCUCUUAUUGCACUGAUUUCCGUUGUUGUAAGCUUCUUCAUGAAGGACUUGGUAUCUUACCUCCCAGUUAUACUGUUUGGCAUUUAUAUGAGUUGGAUUUACCUGCGUUACUUCCAAAAGAGGCUAGAGACAGGCCUGAAAGGGGAUCCAAGCGAGGAGUUCUCUUUCUCAAGUUUCUUCCCUGCAAUUCUGAGACCAGUUCUGGAUCCAAUAGCCUCAAUAUUCCAUAGGCUUCUUUGUGGAAGAUCUGAUAGGGCAGACCGGGGUCAGACAUUGGAAACCUCAUCAUUGCCGGGUUCAGAUUCUACUGAGGCAAACAGGAGGAGGGAAAGGGGUCAAAGGGCACUGGAGCAAAGAUUGGCUGAGAAGCUGGCUGCGGUCAAGAGUACAGAGAGCACAUCUCUCGACGCAUCUGACAAAGUUUGAGCCUUCUACAAAAAUGAAUGCUGUGAAUUCCCGGUGCUGCGUUACCCAAGUGACGUUGUCUGGAGGACAGGGAGCAUCGUCGGUUCGACCGCGAGCUCUUUCUAUUCCCUAGUUUAUUAUAUCAUCUGUAAGUGCUUCUAGGGGAGGUGGUGAUGCGAGAAUGUGUGAUUUUACUGAUGUAGGGAACCAUGCCGAACUGUGCAAUGAUAGCAUCAUGUCUGUUAGCACAAUUUAGCCGCAUGCUGACUGCUGAGAGUCUUUCGCUUUGCAUUUUUGAGGCCCAGAGGCGUUCCAUGAGCAAUGAACAAGUUAGCGCAUUGGUUUGCUUGUUUGUCGAUCCGUUUGAUUCUAUCUGCUUGAGUUAUGAUA